UGACCCCGGCUUCCGGGUGCGCGGACCAAGAUGGCGGCGGCCAGGGGUUGGAAGUUGGUUCCCCGGCGGGGACUGUCCCUUCAAGCCGCUGCAGAGGCCUCCGCCUCGGCCGCCAAGGCGAGCGGCCCGGCGGAGGUCGUGGCGACGCCGGUGGCGCGGUACCCGCCGAUCGUGGCUUCCAUGACCGCCGACAGCAAGGCGGCGCGGCUGCGGCGGGUGCAGCGCUGGCAGGCGGCGGUGCACGCGGCCCCGUCGGUGGACGAGAAGAUAGGGCUUCUCACCAAGAUGCAGUUCCAGAAGUACGUGGUGUAUCCCCAGACCUUCGCCCUGAACGCCGACCGCUGGUACCAGGGCUUCACCAAGACCGUGUUCCUGGCGGGCCUGCCGCGCACGCCCGCGCCGCCCCCGCCCUCGCUCGACCUGGCGGGCCUGCGCGCCGCCGCCUGCGACUGCAUCCUGCAGGAGCACGUCCACCUGCGGCGCCGCCCGCGCCCGCCGCUCUUCCAGCCGCCCCAGGCCCUCUCCUCACCCGUCCUCCACCGACUGGUGGAGACCCUCGUGACCCUGCUGGCCCCACUCAACCCGAUCCUGACCACUGCCGCCCUCGAUUGUAAGCGCCCUGUUGACUUUUACUGGCAGCGUGGUGAAGAACGCAUUACUGCUGGUCAUCGAAAAGGUCGUAUUGACGCUUUACGGUAUCAGAUAAAUGAUAAGCCACACAACCAGAUCCGCGUAUCUCAGCAACUCCCCGAGUUUGUGCCAUUGGAUUAUUCCAUUCCUGUAGAAAUCCCUGUUAUGAAAUGUAAACCAGACAAGCUUCCAUUAUUCAAACGACAGUAUGAAAAUACCAUAUUUACUGGCUCCAAAACAGCAGAUCCAUGUUGCUAUGGCCACACCCAGUUUCAUCUGUUACCUGACCGUUUAAAAAGAGAAAAACUGAUAAAACAAAACCAAGCUGAGCAGGUAGAAGUUGUUUUUAGAGCUAAUGCUCUUGCAAGUCUUUUUGCUUGGACCGGAGCUCAAGCUAUGUACCAAGGAUUCUGGAGCGAGGCAGAUGUUACUCGACCUUUUGUCUCCCAGGGCGUGAUCACAGAUGGGAAAUAUUUUUCUUUUUUCUGCUACCAAUUAAAUACUUUGGCACUGACUGUACAGGCUGAUCAAAAUAACCCUCGUAAAAACAUAUGUUGGGGGACACAGAGUAAGCCUCUGUAUGAGACUGUGGAAGAUAACGAUGUGAAAGGCUUUGAUGACGAUGUCCUCCUGCAGAUGGUUGACUUUCUUCUAAAUAAACCGAAAGAAGACAGAAUGCAGCUGUCGGAAAGUCAGGAGGAAGCACUUGAUCUGGGACCUUGAGGAUAUUUAAAUUUGACCAGAGGAAUAAUAAAAUCAUUUAAGAAUUC